AUGUCCAAGAUACCUAUAUCACCUAUAGACGUGCCGGUUUGGGAUAUCGAUUUGUUCGACAACCCUGUUACGACAAUAGGAACUCUCAAAGCAGCCGGCAAAAUCGUCAUCUGCUACUUCAGUGCUGGAACAGCGGAAGAUUGGAGAGAUGAUUACGGAAGUUUUGCAGCUGCUGAUCUUGGAAAGGUGCUCCCGGAGUGGCCCAAUGAGAGAUGGUUGCGGACGGGCAGCCAAAGCAUUAGAACACUCAUGGCCAAGCGCAUCAAGUUGGCUGCGGACAAGGGCUGCGAUGCUAUCGAUCCGGACAACACAGAUGGAUAUCAGAACGACAACGGAUUGAACCUUAAGAACACGGACGCUAUCGAAUACGUGCGAUGGAUGCAGCAGGAAGCCGCUAAAUACGACAUGAGAAUUGGGCUUAAGAACAGCCUCGAUAUCCUCAGCGAUGUGUCGCCGAUCAUAGACUUUGCAGUCAACGAGCAAUGUGCGCAACACGGCGAGUGUCAAGCCUACGAGAACUUCAUCGCUCUCAACAAGCCAGUUUUCCAUAUCGAGUACCCUCUUCCGCUUAAUGCGCAAGCUGUGAAUGGCGCAUCUUGUAAAGGAACAGGCGUGGCUGGACUCAGUACCAUCAUGAAGGAUCUCCAACUGAACGGCAUGUCGUACUAUUGUGACGGCAGCUAUGUUGAUACACCGACGUUAGGAGACGAGUUCGAGCCGCACAGCCCCAAUGCCAACGCGAACAAGCUCCUCGCGUCCUCAACCUUCGAGCACGAAAACAUCUACAAUGUUGCCAAGUCGCACUUCGUCAGCGCAAAGACCAACAAGUACAUCGGGUGGUGGAGGAGGAUGUAG